UUUUUGUUUGCGUUUUAGGGCGACUCUCCUAACUUUAGGAGGUCGACCUUGGGAAAAGAAGAAUGUUUUAGCCCAUUCGGGGGUUCUACCACCCUAAGAGCAAGAAGAACGGACAGAUGCACGAGAAGACGCGCUACCUUACGAAGCCCGCCUGGCAAGAACAUCCUAAAGAAGAACAGCUUGAAUAUAAACUCUCUUUGCUACUAUGACACUUCCUGUGCGAGCGACACGAGAGGUUAGGAGUCUACGAUAUGUCUCUUUGCUAUAGAUUCAAGCAGUUUUGGUUACUUUUAUUCAACGGUUUGUGGGUUCAGAAAGAAGAGAAGUUGAACUCUUGCAAAUCGCAGAAAACAAAAAAUGAUAUCAGCGACCGACAAGUGGAGCUGAAAGGUGCAAGGAGGGAAUAUCUGGGCGCGGAACGAAAAACUGACGAUGUGAUUGAUUGUCAGCUUGUUUCUCAUGGAGUUAAAUUCUCCAAUAAAGAAGAAAUGGAAGGUUUCGAUUCUAAGAUGGACGAAAUGCAUGAUAUAUUCCUUAAGGAACUUUCGGAAAUAAAGCGACAACACGAACGACUACAAAUUGGUAGGGUUAUUCUCAGCAGACGUGUGUCAGAAUUAGAACAAAUCCUGCAAACAGACAUUAAAAGCUUUACAAGCUCCGAUAUAAAAUCGUUUAUGGAAGAUUCGUCAUUAUCUAGUGAAGAGCUACAGCUUUUGGCCGAGAUGGAUGAAAUACUAGAAAUGCUUGAAAAAGAACGGCAAGAACUUCUAUCGCUUGAAAAAUAUUUAGACAUUGAACUGCGUGAAAGAACGUACUAUCCAGAACCUGUAAUGCAUCGCCACAGAAGGCUGGAAGAUGACUUUUCAAGGCAGAUGAAACUAGACGGUGGUUUGAAAUACGAGAGCUUUGACAAAACCGUUCAGUUCAUAACUUAUGGUUCGCUUCCACCGCCCCUGUCGCUAGGUGAUCUGUUGGAUGUGCCGGAUAGAUAAUACAAACGGACAGAGCCAGCACCGUGUUUACGGAUUGGCCGAGAUAAAUGUUUGCUUAGCGCAGGUGCUAGUAAACAAGUUCCUCAAUAGGGUUUUAUCGGUCGUCGGGUUCAAUAAAGAAUUCUAAAUCGUUCUCGUCUGAUGAACUUUGGUUAGGGAUAAAGCAUUACUACAAUAAAAUAUAAUACUUUAAUUUUUACUAUUUACUUUAAUAAAAAUAGAACGAUGCUUUGCGUAAGGAAAAGUAGUUACAGAUACAGUUAAGUCAAAUUCCAAGUAUUUAUACUGAAGGUCCUGGGUUAGAUGACAUGAACUGAUUACGUAUGCCGUGAUAUUCAGUUUGUUAAUAACCGAUCCUAUCUCUGCUAUCUUAUUUUUUUUCAUCGGAGAAACGGAGAAACAUAGUUAGUAUUCUCAGCCUGAAAUGAUAUUGAUUGAGGGAUAGCUCAGUGUAAUACCAACUGAGUUGCAAGCUAAUAUCCUGGGUAGUUUAUAACGGUAUGGGAGCAAUGCGCAAGCCAGAAUUUAAAACAUUAUCGAAGAGCUUCAAAUUAGGGCCUCAAUUAGCGGAAAU